UUUGCCUAUCAGGUAAAACGAAUUUCUUACCAUUCAUCACCGGAAAACAUAUCCAUAUGUUAGUUCAAUUUUUCCAACCACCAGUGCAGUCAAAUCAACGGCCAUGGCCGCAGUAACACCGCCGCGUACUUCCCACCAUCACCACGAGCCCCUAUUUUACCCCGUAGACUCCCCGCCGAUCUUCGGAAGAUCUCCCCGUCACCAGCCUAGCUUUUCUGUCCCAGAUCUGGACUACAAGAUGAAGAUGAUGCAGCUGACGUUGCACUUCCGUGCGGCCUCUACGACCGGAACGAGCCACCGGCGAAGCCCCACCGGACGACACUCGAUUGGGUCGUUCCUACGGCCGGCGGAGGAAUCUACUCCAGCGGUCAGUCAUCAGCCGAAGAUCUUGGCUGUGGAGCCCAAAUUUCGACCCGUGAACGCCGUCAAACCAGGCCGCAGCAAUCCGUCCAACGUCGUGCAGGUCAGUGUCAAGAGUGCCACGCUGCCGAUUGUGCCCCAGCAGACCAAGGUCAAACGGUUGGUGCGACUUUUCGAAGAGAGUUCCGGAACGACCGUGGUUUCGGUCAAGAGUCACGCUCCGAAAGCAACACCCGGGAGGCAAAUGCAGAUGAAGGCGCUGCUUAAGGUGAAGCCCGACGCGAACAUUGUUCAGGCUACGGUGAAACCAGUUCAAAAAGUUAAUCCUGAGGAACCUCCAACACUAGUGAACGAGAUUCCUCGGGAAGUCAGUUCAAAGGUGUCUCCACUGAUUCAAAACCAGAAGAUCAUUAUGAAGUCUCCGGAACCGGCAAAGGCAGAUUCCUCCCCCGUGGAUGACGACGUGAUUAAGGACGUGUUGAGGCAGCGUAGAAAGGUUAAGGAGCUGUGCAAGUUCUUUGAGCAGCAGGCGAAAUACUGAUCAUUACUUUAAUAACACUGACCUAUACAAAUUGACAAAAAUAACUACGCCGGCUCACUUGAGGGGAAACAUAAACUUUGAGGUCCCCAGAAACAAGUGAACUUUGAAUUUUUCAAAAAUAUUAAGACAUGGUCGGAUGGUUUUUCUCUAAAGCUUGUAUGGAGAAUUAUGGCGGUUCGUCGCUGUUGCAAGCAAAAAUUAUAUGCAAUAUUUGGAAGUAGUGAACAGCAUUAAUUCUCCAUACAUACUUUGGAGAAAAACCAAUCGGCCCCGUCUAAAUAUUUCAGAAAAAAUCCAAAUGAACGUGUUUCUGGGGGCCUCAAACUUCAUGCUUUCCCUCCCUCCUAAGCCUGCGCAGAAAUUUUGUUGGUCAGUGUAAUUAAAGGCUACUCAAAUCAUAUUUAUG